AUGAUGGACGCAGGUACACAACCCAACUGCGCUAUCUGCAAUGCGCCCGCCUAUCCCGAGUGUCCUUGCGAAUCCGAGCGCUUGCAGAUUGCAGUCAAGCAGGCCGAGCAGCGCGCCAUGGACGAGAAACUGGCCCAGACUCGAGAUUGGGUCAUUGAGCAUGCCCGCCAACACAUCUUGAACCAGUUCAAACAGUUGACUUCGACCCGCACCGCCGCUCACGCCGCCUACCUGAACUCGCUCCCCAACUACAGCAUCUACAUGCAAUAUUCGGGCCAUCCACCCAUCCAUCCCAUGUACGUAGACAACUUGCAGCGUCAAAUAGCAGAAGCCCAUGCCGAGUUGAAGAGGGGCAUCGAUGCCGACUGGCGUGCCUCCGUCCUCCGCUAUCCCGAAGUCCUCGACUACUUCUAUGGCCUAGUCGAGCUUCGCCUACCUAGCGACCGAUCCCCUCGCGUCGUAGAGCCGCCCUUCGCUGCGGCUGGCUACCGAGACAGCGGCUUCAUGGAUCACUCGAGGCUCGGCAAGGAAAAGAAGAAGAAGAGGCGGGACUCGGUAUCCAUGCCUCGAGAUAUGCAUGCUGUUGUGGGACGAGUUAUGCGAGGCCCACCGCCAGCAGUGCCUACUCCGCCGAUAGGAGGUGGAUUUUCAAGACCUCCUGCCAUGUACCAGUGA